AUGGCGGCUAGCCCGGCAUCAACAGCAACGGCAGCGACGACAACAACGGCAACAUUAUGUUCUCUCCAGAAAGCCGACCUCGACCCUGACCCCUUCAAAUCUAUCACACCACCUGCGUCGACGGCGAGCACGCCUGCCACACUGGGCGGCGGCGGCGGCGUUUCGAAAACCAAGAAUGGGCAUUCAAGAUACGGACCACAGAUCCAUUUCGUCGAUAUGGCAGACAAAAAAGGCGCGCAACGGAUUCGCAAUACAAUGAACUCGCGGAAACACCGGCAAAACAAGCUGGAUAAAAUCCGAGAGCUGGAGAAGAAAUUGGCCGAUUUGGUAGCGGAGAAGGAUAAAUGGGAGCAGGGAAAGGUAAAGUAG